AGCUACAAGUGUCCGGCAGAAGGGACGAGAAAUAUGAUGAUUCUCUGGAGGAACGUGUCGUGAUAGAUGCGAUUGAUUGUGUCCCAUCCCUGUGUGAGACAGGUAGAGGUUAUAGUCGACGAUAUUAUUCGGUGCAGUGUAUGACACAUGAAAGCUCGUGUUUCUGGUAAAAUAAAGAACGAAAUAAUGCCGCCGUCAUCCCACACGAAUUGGACCAAGCCACUGUUGAAAGGUAAACAGACGACGCAGAUGCAAAUGCAGGCGAAACGGACGACUUGCACGAUACAAAAUCAGAAUACGAACGGCAAUGACACGGACCACAUUGCUAGUCCGCUUGACCGGAGAAUCAAAGUUGUUCUAGUAGGUGAUGGUGCCGUUGGAAAGACCAGCCUCGUCGUUUCAUAUUCGACGAACGGUUUUCCCGGGGAAUACGUGCCCACCGCUUUCGAUAACUAUAAUGUGGUAGUUAAUGUUGAUGGUCAACCAUUAAAUGUCCAACUGUGCGACACAGCAGGUCAAGACGACUUUGAUCCUUUGCGAUCAUUGUGUUAUCCAGAAACAGAUGUGUUCCUAGCCUGCUUCAAUGUAGUAUGCCCAUCCUCUUACCAUAGUGUAGCAUCUCGGUGGAUAAACGAAAUAAGAAAAUAUUGUCCAAAUGCACCUGUUAUUUUGGUAGGCACAAAGAGUGACUUAAGGUCAGACGUACACCUUAUGUUACAAUUAGCAAGAUAUGGACAAACACCAAUUACAACCACCCAAGGACAUCAAUUGGCACAAAGAGUAGGUGCUGUAAGUUAUGUAGAGACAUCUGCAUUAACACAACAUGAUCUUAAAGAAGCAUUCGAUCAAGCAAUAGUCAGUGCUCUUAAUACCAGACGAGGUCGUGCUGGUUUAUUAUAUAGGCGUAGGAAACCUCUACCAUUGUGGCGCAGAUGGUUAUGUUGUUGGGAAAGGCCUUCAAGUGGUGCAUAAUUGCUAUAAUUCAUAGACUCUCUAGAAUGUCCUCUGUGAUCAACUACGGCUACUUUGUUAUCAGAAUUUCUUAAUCCUUAUUAAUAUUUCAUAGAUUCAUAAUUGAAUCUUAUUAAUGGAAACAAAAAAGGUAUUUGUAUUGUUUUAAUUAUUUUAUUUAUUACAUUAUCAAAUACCUUUUUUAAUAUUGUUUUAAUUAUUUACAGAAGUAACAUAAUAGAU